AUCAAGUCUAUCGUAUAUGACCAUGUUUUAAAUGUCUUGUUUUCUUCUGUACCAGUACAUAUAACGGCUGGCAAUAUCUCAAGUUCUUUAGACGAACAGACACAAAAGAGAGUUCGUACUUUUUUUGAACCCCCUGAUGUUGGAGAUCAGAAACAGGCUGCCUUCACUUCCUGUGACAAAAGAAACGUUGAAUAGCGCUCCAUUCAACAUUAUGCCAACUUUAAGGUAUAUUCUCGAAAAAUAUAAAUCAGUAAUUGCUGAAAAUCAGCAGCAAGCAUCUUCAGCACAGUCACCAAUAGUUCAAUAUCAACAGCCUGUUUUACAAGAACCAGAGUCGUCAAAUCAGCCACGAAGAAGACCCAAAAAGAAAAAAGAAUUCAAAAAAGAACAAAGACUCAAAGAAAAAGACAGAAGCAAUCAUACACAGUUUCAGCCACCUAGAACAUUUAGCUUGUUCUCUAAUCCUAGUUUGAAAUGGCGCUUUAUAAAGAUAGAUAGUCAAAACCUGGUUGGUAUAUUUAACAAAAGAAUUUCAUCAACACAGCCUGAAGAAACGCUUUUUAAUUAUACCCAAAGAGCUUUCUUUGAAUGUUUUGAUUUUAAAAAGUUAAAAGUCAACAGGUAAGUUUAUAACGGGUUAUAAUUGAUAUAUGUGUAUUAAUUUUUGUCUCAAAUAGUCUCCAAGGGUUGCAGAGCUUACCAGAGCAGAAAGGGAAGAUGUUUCUCAAUAGUCUGUAUACAGAUGGCU